GCGUGGCUCUAGGCGACUGGCGACCACGCUCCUCCUCCUUCCGCGUUCGAGACCUGCGCUGACAGACACUAUGUCUGCCUACCCCAAAAGCUAUAAUCCUUUCGACGAUGACGCGGAGGACGAGGAAACCAAGCCAGCCCAAUGGAGGGACAAUCGCGACCUCCCCAGUGGACACGAAGCUCCUGUGGACAGGCAGCAGUACUUGCGACAAGAGGUUCUGCGCAGGGCCGAGGCCACAGCCGCCAGCACCAGCAGGUCUCUGUCCCUCAUGUACGAGUCUGAGAAGGUCGGGGUCGCUUCCUCUGAGGUGAGCCUGGGAUUGAAAGAAGCUAUAAGUAUAAGUAAAGAACAAGAGGCAAAAUACCAGGCCAGCCACCCAAACCUCAGAAAGCUGGAUGAUGUAGAUGCUGUCCUUGAAGGGCCUGGUUCUGUGAGUAACGAGACUUACCCAAAGAAUCCACACCUUCGAGCCUAUCACCAGAAGAUUGACAACAACCUAGAUGAGCUAUCCGUGGGACUAGGCCGUCUGAAGGACAUAGCCCUGGGGAUGCAGACAGAAAUUGAGGAGCAGGAUGACAUUCUGGACCGACUGACAAACAAAGUGGAAAAAUUAGAUAUCAAUAUAAAAGGCACAGAAAGAAAAGUUCGACAACUCUAGAAGACAGAGGUGAAAAGAUUUCCAUGGUGAUGAAAAGAUUUCAAAAGAUCUCUCUUCAAAUUCCCAAGAAAUUUUACUUAUUAUUUAGUAUGUGAUUAACAUAUGUUUGCACAUGUUCUAAUAGAGUGAAUUUUAAGAGA